AUGGCAACGAAGAUUGAGACAGUCACUCAGAGUACGGGCACCAGCGUGCGUGCCUCCGUGCACGCGAACGGAGACACGACGUGCCUUCGUCCAAGUGCACGGAGGCACACCGUGCGCAGCGUGCCUCCGUGCACGCGGACGGAGACACGACGUGCCUCCGUCCACGUGUACGGAGGCACACCUGUGCAGCGUGCCUCCGUGCACGCGGACGGAGGUUCGACGUGCCUCCGUCCACUUGGACGGAGGCAUGAGAUGCCUCCAUCCAAGUGUUGCCAAAUUGGAAGAUGGAGGCAUCUCAUGCCAAAUUGGAAGAUCCAUGAUGAACUUUCUGCGGCUUUCAAGAAGCAUUUUGAGACGUAUGGAAGAUUGGAUAUCUGUAUUAACAAUGCAGGGAUUGGGAGUCCAGUUCCAUUUGAUAAGGAUGAUACUGAUGGUUCUAAAUCUUGGAGACUCACCAUUAAUGUCAAUCUUAUUGCAGUUAUUGAUUGCACCCGUCUUGUUAUUCAAACCAUGGAUCUUCCAAUUUGGCAUCCACACUUGGAUGGAGGCAUCUCAUGCCUCCAUCCAAGUGGACGGAGGCACGGUGCUCUUACAGUUUCUUUUUAG